UUGUAUAAUUUCCCCAGAUGCAGGGCAUUGUUGCUUGUGCUCUUUUCCGCUCCCUGGACAGCUACAGGCGACGAAAUAUUUCGUCAAAGCUCAGCGCCAAAUCAACAAAAAAGACGAAUGAAAAAGGCGUAAAACUGACACCUGGCGAGUAUGAGUAUGACGUCACGGUGGAGCUUCUUCCGGGGAACUCGCCAGAGGAGACAACUCAGGCUGUCAUUCCAAAAAAGACGUCUUCUGAUAAUAAUUUGGUUACGUCCCUUUAUGAAGAGCAUUUCUCAAAAACGUCAUCAAAGAGGGAAAAGUUCAUCACGAAUCCAGCACGUUCUUAUCUCAUGCGAGACAAUCAGAAAGGUAGUUCAAUGACGAUUUCUGACUUUUGCGGGCAUAGAACCGAGGAACAAUGUCACUGUGUGUACCGUAUUCUACCUCAGGGAGCUUCAGACGAUGUGAAGCAGGGUCAAGGGGACCUGGUUGCCAGCUCUGUACUCCCUGGGAGCUGUUCUGGAGACCUGACUCCCUGCCGUCGUCAAAGAAGUCAAACUGUGAAUGACGCCAUGGCAGAUUUUGGGCGCGCGACACGCCAUAAAAAUCACCCAUUCCCCCAUGGCGCUGUGCAGCGAAAGGCCGAGUCUUUGGAGUGGCUUAGAAACCUAAAUAUUACACCAGUUCUGAUAGCUAGCACCAUAAGCAUUUCAGACGGAAACUCUCACCACAGCAGCGAAGGAAAAGACCAUAAUCAUCAUCAAUCGUACCCCUGCCAAAAUGACACCACAAAUUCCAAAUUAUUCACCAACUCACAAGCACAUCCCAACAAGAGAAUAUCAAAAAUUCCUCAAAUUCUAAAGACUGUCAUCAAAUCCAUCUUCGACUUCUCGGUUCUCAAGGACUGGCAGUGUUUUUCCAACUUGACCGCGUACGUCCUAGCCAGAUGUGGCAUGUUCAUUGCUAUCUAUCUACCAGCCUACGCUGUCAAAUCGGGUAUUUCAGAAAGUAGGGCAGCCCUUUUGGUAACUAUAUACGGCGUUCUAGACAUGUUCAGUCGAAUAUGCUUCGGCUACAUUGGAGAUUUCCACUUAAUCCGUCCAAAAUACAUCAUUUCCAUUUGCUCAGCGCUUAUGGCAAUGUUUUGCUGUCUCGGUGAAUUGUUUGACACUUUUGAGACUUUGGUGUUUUUUUCUGUGAUGUUGGGAAUUCUGGGAACGGUGACGCUGAGCCUCAAUACCAACAACAUUGUGGAUAUGGUGGGCAUAGAGAGACUGGGAGCUCUGCUGUCUCUAGGGAGUUUGCUGCUCUCGCUCUCUCUUUCUAUGCAGUUUCCUCUUUUAGGUGAGUCAUUAUCGUCAUUGUCUUCGUAA